UUUCAGUUUCUCACUAGCUGCAGAGGAACUGGCACCUGCAGAGUUCUCCUACGAAUAUUAAAUAAAGUAGAGAAAAUACGUAGUGCUCACUCCAACGGGUUUACCUUUGUUCUAUUUCUUUCUUAUCCAGUGUACCACACGAUGUAACGGUAUAAUUUCAAAAGUUGAUACUCCACACAAGGAAUAGGAAUUGAGUUUUCUGCUAAACAGUGCGCGAUAGAGUAUUUAAAGGAUUCUUCCGUGCAAUUGCUAUUAAUAUAACACCGUAAUAUAUAAAAAUAUCGCAAACGUUGUCCCAAGGAAAAAAACAUGAUACGAAGAAAAUUAAACUUGCGAGACACACGUACGAGUAACUCGAUAUUGUUAAUUGAGUGCAUUCGCACACAAUAAUAGUAAAAGAUCGUACGCCGGGUAAUGCCAGUCAGUGCAAAAUUGGCUACGGCUAUGGCUGCUCUAAAACUUCUCAUUUGUCUGAUCUUGCAUUUUUUGCACUUUGCUGCACCGAUAGUCGCGCAGUACAACGAUGAUUCGGAUUACAACGAGUAUGACUUUUACGAUGAUUUACCACUGGGUCUGGAGAGAACUAUGGAUAAGAGUGAUCCAAAGAAAAUGAUACAGGAUGACUUUUACAUAGUCGGUGAAUUCGAUGACUCAGAAAGGGAAAUUUCAAUCUAUCCAGAUGAUAUGGAGCCUGAGAUAGUUUUCAGCGCUGUGGAUCGAUCAAUGGAACCCUCGAAGCUUAACUUUCAGGAAGAAAAUUGGUAUAAGAUACCAGAAAAGGUUUAUCGGUACACAAAGCACAGAAUUCCUGGCUACGAUUAUGACGAAUUAAAUUUCAUGGGCGACAGAAGAUUUCAUGAGUGCGAUGAUAACUCUCUAUGGACUCAUUGCGUAUGUCAAUUCACAUGCGCUCAACCUGACAUUGUCGACUGCUACACACCAUGUGUGAGCGGAUGCGAAUGUAAGGAGAAUUAUGUAUUCGAUGAACAAUCUCGGAAAUGUUUGCUGCCAGAAAAAUGUCCACCUGUGAGUGAUUAUUUUACCUUUAAAUAAGCAAAAACUGACAAUCUACGUGUAAAAGAUUAAUGUACGAGACUGAUAUAUCCCACUUGUAUACAUUAACUUUGCCUCUAGCUUCUCAAAACUAAUUGUUUACUUUAUAUCUACAGAGAUAGUGCUAAAAUAUUUUUAGACAGCAGCGUAACUUUUUUACAUACCUUGGUAUCCAUUAGUUUAGCUAUGCGAGUUAUGUGUGGAACAAAAUCUGAAGACAGAUUAUUAUUCUCAGCACUGCUUGCUGCGGCAUCUCCUACAAAGGCCCACCGAUACCUAGAUGGUAUAAUUGUAAUGUAUUAAUAAAUGUAAAGAAUGAGAAAAUUGUUAUGUGCAAAAUUAAAAAAGAACUUACAUCUGGAAUUGUGGCAAUCUGUGGGCAGGCAAUAAUAAUGCCAAAUCCAGUAACUUCGCAGCAGCAAGUUGUAGUUGUAGCCAGUGUGGAUGUCCAUGUGCUUGGAGUCCAUUGUUCGCAUUCACAGCCCAAGAUGAGUCCAAAGCCGAUAGUAGUUUAAUGUGUGAACUGUUUAAAGAAAAUUUCUAAAAAUAAUCCUUUAAAAUAAAAUGUAAAGAAGCAUAUACAACAUCAAGACUAAUAUGUUAAUUUGUAGCACGUCACAUUUUUUCUUGCAUUAAGAAGCUGAAACGGUACAAUUUUCAUGAAAUAUGAAAGCCAAAUGUUUACAGCAUAUAUUUUUCACAGUUAUUCUCAGAUCAUUUUUCUUCGACUAAACGAUUAUAUGAAGUUUUCGACCACCAUGUUAUUCGAGGUAUAUCAGUCUCCUCUUGUAGAUUAACGAAACAUUGAAUGUACGACGAGUAUUUCAUGCGAAUAAGAAUACUUGAUAUUCCAAUGCAUGUUGAAUUACCUGCUCUGACGACUGCCAUCCCAACACCAACCAACCAAAUCAUGGUGGCACCAUAAUUCCCAUGAAAACGCAGAUGCCAAAACAGAGCCAAAAACAUCACGUCAUUAGGUAUCAUCCUUGUUAGUUGGGAACGUUGUCGAGAGACUUUUAAAUAACGAACGUUAAUACAGUAUAAAUUGAUAAACUUGGGACAGCAAGGGAGCCAAUUGGUGCACUGUGCAAAAUAUGUUUUACCUUUUCAAUGCUCCAAUUAAAAAUGAAAAAUUUUCUAUGUCGAUCCCUUGCAAUCCUUUAAAAGUUUUUGAUCGAACAGACAAUACUAGGUAGGAUCUAAAAUAUUUUUAGUAUUAUACCGCAUGCCAUAGAAAGUUUAACACCAUACUGAUAACGAUAAAAAAAUUCCCAAAUUUCAAUGUCCACACUGAUAAGAAUUAAUUAAUUCAGUUUAUAUUAAGACUUUAUUUGAUUACGUCAAACAAAUUUGUUUCUCUAAUGUUACAUCCCAAAAACCAAUACUGUGUACUUGAUAUCUACAAAAUAUAAUUAAACAGCAUUUUAAGUGUUAA